CUUCAUUACAAUUUUUUCACUCGUGUCGUAAGUAGCUCGUGUGCUUGGUGUAGAGAAUUUGUAAAAAUUAACAUUUAAAUUGUGAAAAUAUGGCUAAUCAAGUGAAAAAAGAAAAUGGUUUACAUAAUGGAAACAAUCACAAUGAAGAAGAUGAGGAUAUUACUGAACCAGAACAUCUUCGCAAGUUAUUUAUUGGUGGUUUAGAUUAUCGUACUACCGAUGAUGGUCUUAAAUCACAUUUUGAGAAAUGGGGUAAAAUAGUCGAUGUCGUUGUGAUGAAAGACCCACGAACAAAGCGUUCACGUGGCUUUGGGUUCAUUACAUAUUCGAAGUCAGCCAUGAUUGAUGAUGCACAAAAUGCACGCCCACAUAAAAUUGAUGGUCGUGUGGUUGAGCCAAAACGUGCAGUACCACGUCAAGAUAUUGAUAAUCCCAAUGCUGGUGCUACGGUAAAGAAACUUUUCGUUGGUGGUCUUAAAGAUGACCACGACGAACAAUGCUUACGCGAACACUUUGGCGAAUAUGGCAAUAUAUGUGAGGUUAAUAUUGUCAUGGACAAAGAAACUGGCAAAAAACGUGGCUUCGCAUUCAUUGAAUAUGAUGACUAUGAUCCCGUUGAUAAGAUUGUGUCAUCUGACAAAUUGACAAAUGAUUUUUAA